CAGGGAUUAAGUUGUGACACUAUGGCUCCCCAUCAUUAUUCAAACAAAUAAAUAUAAACAUUUUCAUAUCAUUAUAUGUAUGGCGAGAUAUCAUUCUUAAAUUAUGUUAAAGUGUGUGCAAAUAACAGGUAACAGUUAAUAAUGGCUGACAUUAAAGUAAUUGCAGUCAAGGAGGCUGGCUACUCAGCCGAUAAUGUUGCUGUCACCUUGGAGACAGAUGCUGCCCAACCAGCACAGUAUAACCCACCCCCAACCUAUGGGGGUGUAGAUGCAGCUCCACCCACAUAUGAAUCAAGCACAGGGGGACCUGGAGACGCACCCCCUUCCUAUGAUUCCAUAUAUGGACGUUUAAAAGGCGCAAAAGAUGAGUCAGAUGGAAAUGUUGACUUUGCCAAGAAGUUUGCAGGAAUAGUAUGUGGCACAUUGGGAUGUACCAUUUGUGUAGGCCUGGUGCUGGCUAUUCCAAUCUCCAUGAUAGUUAUGGGCUCCGUUCAUCUUCAUAACUGUCCCAGAGAACGCAUGAUCCCAAUCUAUCUGAUAGUAGCUGGGGUAUUUGGCAUUAUCAAGAAUCUCUCAAACUUUGGACAACGAAUCAAGAACAGGAAGGAAGGAAAUGAUGAAGAGAAUGCGAAGACAAAUCCUUUUGAUGGAAUACUCAAUUGUUUCCUUUUUGCAUGGUUCAUUGCAGGUAAUGUCUGGAUCUACAGGACCUACAGAAGCUACAAUUGUGAAUUACCCAGGGUGGAUGCUGUCUACUGUGACUGCACGUUGUAUCUAUAUGCAUUCUGGAUAACCACGGCAACCUAUAUCCUCAUUGCUCUCUCAUGUUGCUGUGUUUGCUUCUCAAGCUGCUUGAUCUGCAUGUUUGGAGGCUCAAAGAAGUAACUGCACGUAAACGUUACAACAUGGCAGAAUUGGAUGAUCCAUAACUGCAUGCCAAGUAACAAAAUGGCAUUCCUUUGAAGUAACUUCACAAAGUUGUAACAAAGAGACAUUAAGAAAAUGUGAGAUUCAUGACAUGGAUUUAGUGAACAUGGAUUUGAUUGUCUCCCAUCAUUGGUGCCUUAGACACUGGAAGAUUCAAAACUCUGACAGUGGAAUGGUUUAGCUUUCAAAUUUGACAGUCCCGAUUUAUCCGUAGUAUUUUACCCAGAAAAAAUAUAUAUUCAUAUAGGCCUAUAUUGUAAUUCCACAUAUUGUAUAUUUCCUUCAAAUAUAAACUACCAUGCUUGUUGUAUCUGAAGUGACAGAAAAUCAUUAAAAACAUAUAUAUUAACUCUUCAAGAACUUUAAACUGUAGUUUCUAGUCUUCUAAUUCGAUUAAUACUUCUAUUCUCAGGGUUUGUCUAUAAAUAUGAUUUACACAAAGAUACAGCAUAUAGUCAACAGUAUAGGAUGAAUGAAAUUAAAGUUUGUAAAUGUAUUUGUGAAAUGAAAUUAUUUUGGAGAUAUUUUAAUAGAUUGUGAUGAUUAUUAGAUCUCACGCGGAGACAGCAUUCAUGUUUUUUUUUUAUUAUAUUAUUUAGAGGUUAUGUCUCUAUUACGUGAAAUAUGCCUG